UGCAAAAAAAAAAAUGGUAAUACACUUCGAGACCGACCGAAAUAGACGUAUGUUAUUUUUAACACGUCGCGCAAUAGGUAUUGUGGGCUUGGUAGAGUCACCACUGGGACGCGGCGUUUGCUACGGGCCCUCGUCAGAGGACAGCGUCCAGCCAUGAGUCUUGCAACAAAGACACUGCUAUUGCUCCUCUUCGUUCAAAUGGGGAGCGCAAGAUACUACCAAGGCGAGGAAGGGCGUUGCAAAAUGGUGAAGAAUGAGGACGAGUUUGAUUGGAAGAAGUUCGUAGGGAAGGAGUGGAUGCUCGCGCUCGACGAAUCGGGUGAGAUCAAGGGAUACAGGAUGGUUGGCUGCAUAACGUUCACAUUUUACCCGAAGAAAGGCUACCGCCUGCGCCGAGAAUACACUACUGACUCAGCUGAUCCACACUACACCGAGAGGGAGAACGGCACUCUUCAAGAACACCGCUUCUUGUUGAUGGAGGAACUUUGCGCUAUUUGUGACGAAAGAGAUGCAACAGAAUACGUGGAAAUCUUGGGCACCGAUUAUGAAACCUGGGCCGUAAUGGGCCGCUGCACCCUUAGUGGUGAUCUAUGGUAUCAGCGGUUUGCUGUUCUGCUCAAGAAAGCGAACCUAGACAGCCUUCCUGGUGGUAUUGUUGAAAAGGCCAACGAUGCGCUAAAGAAGAAAGGAAUCACGGACAAGAUCAAAUGGUCGACGACGAGCUGCAUACUGGAUUGACAGCCAGAUGCGGAAGUGACGCAACAAUGACGUCAUCAGGAGGCCGGGCAACUUCGCUCUCACAACAUAAUAAAGCAGCUGUACCUGCAGA